AUGAUAUCCGGACGUACAAAGACAAGACUCAAGAAUGCUUGCCCGUGUCCCAAAGGGCUGUCCCUGGAGGAGAAGGAAGAGGAGGCAGAGGACUACUGCACACCUGGAGCCUUCGAACUGGAGCGACUCUUUUGGAAGAGCAGUCCCCAGUACACCCAUGUCAACGAGGUCUGGCCCAGGCUCCACAUCGGAGAUGAGGUGACGGCGCUGGACCGCUACGGGCUGCAGAAGGCGGGCUUCACGCAUGUGCUGAACGCCGCCCAUGGCCGCUGGAACGUGGACACCGGGCCCGACUUCUACAGUGACUUGGCCAUCCAAUACUUCGGCGUCGAGGCUGACGACGUGCCUACCUUCGACCUCAGCAUUUUCUUCUACACAGCUGCCUCUUUUAUCCACGCGGCCCUCAGCUGCGACAAGAGUAAGAUCCUGGUUCACUGUGCCAUGGGCCGCAGCAGGUCAGCAACCCUUGUCUUGGCCUACCUGAUGAUCUACAAGAACAUGACUCUGGUGGACGCCAUCCAACAAGUGGCCAAGAACCGCUGUGUCCUACCAAACAGGGGAUUUCUGAAGCAGCUUCGAGAGUUGGACCAGCAGCUGGUGGAGGAGAGGCGACAGACUCAGCUGGAGGACAGCAAGCUGAAGCUGUAA